AUGGAAGGACUACGAUUCCCAGUGAAGAAGGCGAGGGUUAGUUCACAGAUGGACCACAAGCGGGUGCAAGUCGGAGGUCAGGAUCUUAUUGAUGAUCUUCCAGAUGAGCUGCUAGUUCACAUCUUUAGCUUCAUUCCGGCGAUCAGGGACCGCUGCUGUUGCGGCGCCGUCUCCAAGAAAUGGUCACUGCUUCAAGCCUCCAUGCCGAGGUCCGACUACAUCUCCCGUGGCUUCCUUCUUCCCCGGCCGACCCAGGAGAUCUCCAGAAGCUUCAGAGGUAGUGAGGCCAACGACACGAGGCUCGUGGCCAUGGCGAUAGGAAUCGAUGCACGUGGGGUGCUAACCAACCUCUCCGUCAUCGGGACUCUCACCGAUUCAUCUCCUCCUCCGCCUUCAGGUCAUCGUUCGAUCUCAGAUGUCGGCCUGUCGAUCGUAGCCGGAGCCUGCAAGAGCCUCAAGUCUCUAUCUCUCUUCAAGUGUCCCAAGAUCACUGGCUGGGGCAUCGGAUCCGUCGGGCACUGCAUUGGCUUGGAGAGACUAGAGCUCGUCGAUGCGAUGUCGGUCACCGACGACGGUCUCGUAAUCCUUGCGAUCAGAUGCCUGAAUCUUUCGUCACUGAGCUUGGUGUCAUGUCCGAACGUCGGCAACCACUCACUUCAGGCCUUCGCCAAGUACUCGAGGAAGCUCAAGUCGGUGACGCUCGCAAGCUGCCCUCUCAUUACUGAUUCCGGCAUUGUUUCACUGGUCGCCAACCGAUCCGGUUUAGAAACGGUCAAGAUUGCAUUCAUGAAGUUGAGCGACAUCGUCUUACAAGCAAUCGCAUGUUACAGCCGGAAGAUACAGAUUUUGCUGCUAGAUAACGUCUGGGGAGUAUCGGACAUGGGAUACUGCUGGAUCGGACUGGCCAGGGAGCUCAAAUGCCUUGUACUGAAAGCUUGCGUUGGUCUGUCAGAUAGAUGCUUGGCGAGGGUCUCAUCCGCUAGCUUUGCCGGCAUUAGGAAGUUGGCGAUAAACAACUGUUCCUUGAUAUCUGAUUGGGGUCUUUUCGAGCUCACGAGUUCGGCGAGGGAGCUGGAGAAUGUCCUUCUCCAUAGCUGCAAGUCUUUUACUUACAGAGGCCUCAUGGUUGCCAUAGGGAACUGCAGCCAAAGUCUAAAGACGCUGGCUCUGAUUAAGUGUGAUUUCUUAGAUGAACAACGAGAUCAGGCUAACUCGUUUCCUCUGGCCCAACACUGUCCAUUGCUGGAGACUGUGAAGGUGGAUCAGUGCCGGGGGAUUGGAGACGACUUCAUCUUAUGGAUCGGGGCGUCCUGCAAGCAAGUGACAGACGUGAGCUUCACGCGCAUGGACUCCAUCACGGACCGUGGCAUCCGUUGCUUCCUGAGCCAGCUAAAAGGGUCGAACAAGAUGGCCAGGGUGGACUUGACGGGGUGCACCCGAGUCGGCAACUGGAGCGUGUGGGCCAUAACCAGGGAAUGCAAGGCGAGCCUGAAGCGCCUGGUCCUGAGAGGGUGCGGCCGCGUGAACGACCGCGGCGCGGCGGUGAUCGCGAGGCGGUGCGCCAAGCUGGUGGAGCUCGACCUCGGCGGGUGCGACAUCAGCGACGAGGGGGUGAAGAAGCUAGCCCGAGACGAGCCCAUAGACCUGGAAGUGAUCUCCCUCGCGGGCUGCACCAGGAUCACCGACCGGAGUCUGCUGGUGCUGAAGAAGUACAUGGGGCCAGGGUUGGAGAGGGUGAAUGUCGCCGGAUGCACCGGAGUCAGCAAAGCCGUCAUCAACUGGUUGAAGCUUUACAUCGACGAAGUCGAUUACUGA